AUGUGCUUGGAGUUCGGCUCGUGCUUCGGCGGCCGCAGACGUGACGACUACGGCCGCAGCAGAGGGCACCAUGGCCACGGCUACUGGUCAGAGCCGGCGCCGGUGUACCGACAGCCGCCCAUCGUCGCCGUCCACGAGGCCGGGCACAAAGCCUACCAAGAAGGCGCACCGAAAGCCGAGCACGCCGCCUACUUGCAAGACCAGGCUGGCAGCGAGACGCCGCCGAGGCAUCCUGCGUGGCACAGCAAGGUCGGCGUCGAAGCUGGCAACGGCGACUACACACCGCGCCCCCACGAAGCUGCGACUGAUCACCGGGUCCGGGAGCACGCCGCCAUGGAUUACCACCACUACCCAACCACUACCACUGCUCUCGCGAGGUACGAGGUGGCUAGUCGUUAG